CAUAUCUUUCCUCGUAUCAACUAUGUGGUACAUCGGAAAUUUGAGGGCUCGUUUGCAAAGAAAACCUUAUCCAAGAGAUGCCAAACUGAAAUCUGCAGAAGUGAAGAUCGUCAUUCUUAUCAUCACCUACAUGUGCGUGGCCCUUCACUCGAAUCUCUCGGCCAAUAUAACACUCGGUCAUGUCGGAAGUCAUGUCCAAUCUCUUCAGAACUACUUUAUCUGUGAAAGUUUUGGA